AUAAAGGCUUUCUCUCUUUUACGCUCGAGUGUGAACUGUAAAAUUACUAUAAUACUAUCUGAAUUGGGAAGAGUUUUUGUCAACGAUCUCGUGUUUAGAAUAUUAUUAUACCGAAAUAAAUAAUCAUAUUAUUAAAAAUGGCCAUGCACUCUGCAGUUAAGGGUAAAUUAUUGGCUGUGAUUGGAGACGAAGACACAUGUGUUGGUUUCUUGUUGGGCGGUAUCGGUGAAAUAAAUAAACACAGACACUCGAAUUUUAUGGUUGUUGACAAAAACACAGCAAUAAUUGAUAUUGAAGAAUGCUUUAAAGGGUUUGUCAAACGGGAUGACAUUGACAUAAUACUCAUCAACCAAAAUGUUGCUGAAAUGAUUCGUCAUGUAAUUGAGGGACACACGCAACCGAUCCCAGCCGUCCUUGAAAUUCCUUCCAAGGAUCACCCAUAUGACGCUAGUAAAGAUUCAAUUUUGCGUCGUGCCAAAGGAAUGUUUAAUCCUGAGGAUGUAUGAUAAAUUCAUUUACCAAAUUAUUUUAUCAUUUGUUUUUAUUGUUAGAUUGAUCACUUUUAUUUUAACAUUCCAUUUCAAAUUAUUUAUUAUAUAUUCAUAUAUCCAGAAAAAUGUUUAUUAAAAAUAUUAUAUUGUUUAUCAAGAUAUAACAAUAGUUUUUAUUAAAAUAAGUAAGCUGAAGUGUCAUACAUAUUAUGUAUGUUUCGUAUUCUACAAUAAAAUUAUAAAAUAAAAAUGUUAUUGUAUUAAAAAAAAAUAAGAUGUGGAAAAUUACAUUUAUAAUUUUCAUAAAUCUUAAAUACCAAAUUACCAAGAUGGUACUACAUGUUUUUCCUUAAAAUCCUGUCACUUAGUAAAAAAAUGUCAAUAAUAAAGUCUGUGAGCCAAUGUAUUUAUCUUUUGUAAAAAAUAAAUUAAAACCAAAAUGUUGAA